AUGCCGAAACGUGUCGCUGAAGAAUACAUCACCAAGGACCACGGUUCAAUCGCAAAUCCUGCUCCUGCUCAAAACCAGCCCACAAUGUCCACUGCUGCCCAAUUGGCCAAGCGAAAAAUCGCUCAACCCAAGGGCCGUCUUGGUGCCAGUCGUUCUUCACACUCUACCUUCGGGGCCACCACGAACACGAAUCAAUCGGGUGGCCAACCGACCUUUGGCAGCGUGAAUGGCGGCAUCACCUUUGGUGCUAGCCAGUCUUUCCCUUCAGGCAUAACCCCUCAAGGAGGUGGCUUCGACUUCCAACUUCCCCAAUCGAGCUCCUUCACUUUUGGAGCACCCUCGACCGGACCCUCAAAUCCUUUCGCCAACCUCAACGGGAACGCGUCCUCAGACAAUGAGCGACUUGGGGAUGAUAUUUCAAUGCAGAGUCCUCAGAAGAAGCGAAACAUAGGCGGGCCUUUUGGUUCAUCUAAUACAGAAAACAGUAUGGCAUCAGGAUUCACAUUUGGCCAGCAGCCACAACCGCAACCCCAGAGCAAUGGAGGCUUUACUUUCGGCUCAUCUCAACCAGCGCCAGCAGCUGUCAAUGGCGCAGGUCUCUUUGGCAGAAUCGGCACACCGGAAGAGCCUGCACAGAAUAGUAACAACAUCUUUGGGCAACCACAGCAAACCGCAUCUGCCUUCACUGGCUUUGGUCAAUCUACCACACCGGCACAGACAACCUCCUCGUUCUCUUUCGGGAGCCAAACUUCCUCCGCACCCAAAACUCAGGAGCCUACCUUCGGGUUUGGUCAAACAAAUAACAAUGCAGCAAGCUCCUCAACAGCUUUUGGUUUCCCUCCCGCGCAGAGCAACAACGAGCCGGCUCAAACUCCCGCUUUCAGUUUUGGGCAACCUGCUGCUCAAGCACCAAGCUCAUCCUUUUCCUUUGGCCAACCUACUUCCGCCCCUCAGAAACAGGGUGGAGACAAUGGAUUUGGGUCUUCCGGUACCGCGGCGCCCUUCUCCUUCGGGCAGACACAGUCAGCCCCUCCUGCCCAAAAUUUAUUUGGUGGCUUCAAUGCGGCCCCAGCACAAGAAAACAAGGCAACUAAGCCGUUGUUUGGGAGCCAGGUGAACAAUGCACAACAACCAGCAGAAACAGUCGAUAAGAACGCCGCAGCAGUGCAGAACAAUCCUUUCGCAGGACUCUUUGCGCAAAGCAAAUCCUCUUCCCAAGAUACUUCUUCUGUCCCAGCCUUCAGUUUCGGUGCGUCUGUGCAGAAGGAAGCACCUACCACAACCCCUUCAGGAUCUCUUGGUUUGUUCAAGCAGCAGACAGGUCCCUCCUUUGGACAGGAUCCAACUGACACGUCGAUGAACACCGCGACUAGUAUGUCUGCAGAGCCCAGUCAGAUCGAGAGUGAGUCUACUCCGAUUGCAAACCAGCCAAGCGCAUCCGAGCCGAAGGCAUCCAGUGGUGGCUUGUUCUCGCCCGCUGCUUCGAGCAGCACGACUUCAGGACCAGCAAAUGGACUUUUCGGAAGUGUAUCUAGCACUCCGGCACCUACAAAACCACUAUUUAGCUUUGGUAAACCAUCUCAACCGACAUCCUCCGACUUGUCAUCAGAAAACCCCGAUACCUCCACAAAUACACCAACGAUUCCUAAGGCAAAGCCAAUCUUUGGGACUGUAUCCGACUCUGACGCUCCCACAACCCCGAAAUCUUCUGGAAAAGAUCUCUUUGCGGGAGGGUCACGCUCGGAUUUUCAAAGCGCCCAAAAUCAACCAAAAGGACAGACACAACCAACCGCCACUGUUUUCACACCUGCACCCAGUGUAAAGUCAACGCCUCAAAAUGCCAAGCCAAGCUUAUUCAGUGCAUCUUCUACAAGACAGGAAGAGUCUACAGCCAAGCUUAAUACUGCAGAGGAUGCAGAGCCACUCAAGCGCAUGGUUUAUACCAAAGCAGCACCUAUCAUCCCUGGGUCAUUAGAGGCCGAACAAUACCGAGAGUAUGAUAAGAAUUAUCGCUUACAUUCAUUAAAUGUCGGCCUGCAGAACAAGCUUGCAAGUCUUGAUCCUCGUUCUCAAGACUUCCAUAGCCUAAUUCGCCAAUAUGUUGCCUCACGUGAAAGCAUUGGCGAAUCGCUCGGACUAUAUGUGCGCAAUGUUGCAGGUAUGAAGCGUAAAGGAGAUCUUGUUGAGGAGCCAACUACAGACAGCCUGCAAAAUAAAAGACAACGGUCUGAUGAUGUACCGCCGUCAAGUGACAUUGCUGCUUCGGUCACGGCUCCGCAGACUCAACAAAAGACAUUCACACCUUUCCCCUCAACCACUGAAUCCAGCCCGUCAAAGGCUACCUCCGUGCUCAAGGGAAUGAUUCCAGCCAACAAUUCGGCUAUUGGCUCGACUAACAGUUCUACACCAACACCCAAAGCUACCGCUCAAUUUGGAGGUUUUACAGCCUCGACAGCUUCGAAACCCGCAAAUCCCUUCGCGGGCCUGACUGCGCCAAAUUCUGCAGCAGCCAACCGCCCAUCCUUCGGAAAUACCCUUGCAGCAACGUCUCUCUCAUCAGGCUCUACAGAAGCAACCGCAGAAUCUACCACUCCGACCAAAUCCCCACCAAAGAAGCCAGCUUUUGAGGUGCCAAAAUUUGGUGGUGGCAACACCAACUUCAUGGCUGCUUUUGGUGCAAAGGCAAAGGCAAGUGCGGCUAAGCUGGAAAAGACACUUAUGGAAAAGCGAAAGGCAGAAGACUUUGAUUCCGAAGAGGAUGAUGAAGAGGAGUUCAACAAGCAGCUGGAAGAAGAAACCCGUGCCAAACGUGCAAAAAUCGAUGCAGUUGCCAAAGCUGGUUUCGUUCCCUCGUUUGGUUCAACCACCAGCACAACGGCGACCAGCACAAAACCGUCAUUCACUUUUGGUUCCGCUCCAACAACUUCCAAGGAUGCCUCUCAACCCAAAUCUGGCAAUUCCAAAACAUCUGGCUCCACCCCAAACCGAUUUGCCGCGUUUACAGAUUCUAAUGACGACCAAUCUGAUUCUGCCCAAGGGGAAGAUGAGGAUGAGCAAGCAAACGAGUCUGACGAGGGCGAAGAGAACGAUGAAGAAGGCGGGUCGUCUCGUGAUAGUGAGGAGCAGGAAGAGGACGAACUUCCGGAAGAUGAGGUCGACAUCAGCAAUGGAGAUACUAAUGAUGGCGACUACAAAGAUGACGGGGAGUCGGAAUCAGAUGGCGAAGAAUUCACUACCUUUCAGAAGGAAAUGGAUCGUGCACGUCGUCGAGAUGCUCGAAAGAAAAAUGCAGGGAAGAGCUUGUUCGACCGGAUUGAGCCUAACCCCACUCGUGCCACUGAAACCCCGGUGAAUGGUACUGAGAAAGAGAAGAACGAAGAGUCUACCAGUCCAAUAUUCGGCUCGGCAAAGAAUUCAACCUUCAAACCAGGCAUCUGGGGGGAUAACAUCGGUCAUGCAACUCCAGAAAAGCCGUCCUUCUCACCUCUUACACCUUCAGGUUCGCAAUCAGGAUCCACUUACAAACCGGCUUCUACUUUCAAUUUUACAGCUGCGCCAACAACCGCUUUGACCCCGACUCCUGGUGCAUCAAUAUUCGCUGGUGGUUUCACCAAGGGCGGUCCAGUUCCUGGUGAGGGUAUGUUUGGCUCACGGCCUGGUACUCCCAGUAAUGCAGAGAAUGCCCCUCCCACUUCCAAUCUUUCGAAGUCGGUGCUUGCGUCUCCCGCUGGAACAGAUAACACCUGGAAAGAGGGCAACGGCAUCUCUUUCGGAACAUCAACCACUACUGCUCCUUCAUUCAAGUUCACCUCAGCCUCACCCUCUGGUGCAAAGGAAGGAUCUGUUCCCAACCCAUUUGGCAGUUUGUUUGGUACCAACAAUACUGAUUCCGCUACUUCAGAACCUGCAAAAUUAGGUUUCAACUUUGGUGCGCCGGCUUCGACACCGGCCCCAGGAUUUCUUGGUGCAGUUUCACAUUUGGGUGGAGGUUCAGUCGCCAGCUCGGUCGUGUCAUCUCGUGCCACAUCCCCUGGGUUGACCGAUAAUGAAUCAGUUGCCACAAACGAGACUGAAGAUACCCCCGAUGAUCCGCAGACUUCACUGAUGGACUCGCGUUCUGGUGAAGAGAAUGAAACAUGUCUAUGGGAAGGACGAUCAAAAGCUUUGAUGUUCAUCAACCAAGAGGCUGCUGUGGGUACCAAAAUGAAGGCCAACGACUGGAACUCGAUGGGUGUAGGUGUCAUCCGCCUUUUGCAAAACAAAGAAACCAAAAAGACUCGACUUGUAUUCCGGGUUGAACCAAGUGCUUCGAUCCUAAUUAACUCUCACCUUGUCGAAGGCACUGAGUAUGAAAGUUGCCCCACAGCCAAGAAUGGUGCUCUGAAGGGCACUUUGUUCUACAAAGGAAAUCUUUCCCGAUGGGUUUUCAAAGUCAAAACACCAGACAUGGGAAAUGCCUUGGCCAAAGCUAUUGAGGAUAGCAGGCAGGCAUAA